AUGAACAAGAACUCGGUCAAGAUGACCAAGGAGUAUGGGAAGUUUAUUAAGGAACUAUAUCCAAGAACGAAAAAAUCAGAUCCCAUAUUCAGAGAUGUAACCAAAGAAUUCAAUGUUGUCAACAACUCAAUCAAGUAUUCGUCCAUAGUGUUUCACGAACGGUUAUUCCAAGCUUAUAUGAGCCUUCCUAGCCCUCGAGCAUUAUUCAUAACCUCAGAUGACUUGAACCAAUUAGUUCAAGUUUUCUUGUAUGCAUCGAGAAACUUCCAUAGGUUGAAUACCGAAACUAAUAUCAAACAAAAGCCUACUUUGGCUAUGCGAAAGUAUGCCAAACGAAAGCUAGACCAGAGGAAAGCCUAUAGCAAUAUGUGUUCCAAGAUAUUGCAAGAUAUAGUUGAGGCAAAACUUCCGUUAACACCCACUGAACGAAUCAAAAUGGUGCAAUUGUCCUUGUUUAAGGAUAGACAGAAUAUUGCCAAGUACUAUGACCAGGAGGUUCAACACCUGCAUUAUGAGCCAUUAAAAUAUCGGAAAUUUAACUAUGAAACUUACACCCAGUUGAGAAAACUGUUACCACCUGGAACAAACUCAAAUUUGCUUCUUUUAGAUUUAGCAUUAAGAAAUAAUGAAAUGGAGGUGGUUGAAGAAAUUUGGAAUUCCAAUGAGUACGUGUCUGGAUCAGGGGUGAUCAUGUUGCUUAAUUAUUUCCAAACUAAAUUAAACAAACCCGAUACGAUUGAUUAUUUAAUUAAAAUAUUGCAUGAGAUUAACAGCAUGAAAUCAGUCAAAGCUGCAGUCAUUGACGAAGUUAUUUCAUUACUAACUAAAAUGGGAAGGAUCAAUCUCGCGCAAGACUUGGUUCAAGCUGCAUACUAUUCUAAACUAGACCCCAAGAAAUCAUGGGUGCAUUAUUCUGAACGAGAUUAUUAUGCUUGGUGCCGAUCAAUAUACCACAGAUUGAUGGCCAUUACCAAAGAUUAUGAAGUGAUUGCAGAAUUGCACCCAAGUAUAAAGACGUUUCUCAGUUUAGCUGAAUAUCAUUGUUACACACCAUCAAGUUCGUUCAGCCAAGUUAGAGAUGUUCUCAGGCUUAUGGACAAAACUACAGAUAUUCCCACCAGCCAGGUUUUCUACAAGUUAAUUCUUAAAGGAUUUGACAUUCAUAGUAAGAUAAAGGAUAGACAAGAUUGGACGAUUGAUAAUUUGCUUCAAAUCACCUCGGAAAUUAUCGGAGAGGUGAAUACAGUCAACUCCCACGAAGCAAUCAUGGAUUUGAUCAAGAGUGGUGACAUUGAAUCGUUACAACAGCUAGAACCAAACUUCCAUGUAGCAUUCAAGGAAGAGGAAACCAAAGGUGAAGUGAAGACUUCAAUUCUGGCUGAUUUCCUUGACAUCAUACUAGACAUAUAUGUCGUUACUCUUGAAAGUUACUAUCGAGCAACUGAAGAUGACAGGUAUAACGAUGCAAUUAUGGAAAUAAAGAGGAUAAAAGAACAGCACACCAGGAAAUAUCUGAUUGCUAUGCAUACAACCCAUGAAUACCUGAGAAUUAUCUAUGAUGAAACGGAGACCAAGAAGGCAUAUUUGAUUGAAGCUAUCAACCGAGUGAGCGAUAUUAUCUCCAGGGAGGAUGGAUUAGAAGAUUAGUGCGAGGAGGAAGAGAACUGAAAAGUGUACAUAUAAUGACCCUGGUCCCAGGACCACUCUAGUCCCAGGACCACCCUGUAUAUAUAACGAUUAGCAUUUAAUAGACAUUAUUUAUUG